AUGGCAGUUCAUAUUCACAACCCUAACUUUUUGCACACUCAUCAACUCGGAUCAUCUCUUAGAUCGGCCUCUGCGUCACCUGCUACACACCACUUCACCAGAUUUACUCCUGCAAAGCAUCCCGGAUUCAUCUGCAAGUCCAAUAACAAAGAUGACUACCUUAUUGAUGCUCCGGUGUCUGCUGGAGAUGGAUUCUCUUUCAGUGGAGGGAAGUAUUCGGAUCAACCGAGUCCGUCAGAUGAAUGGUUAAAGCAAGGCAAAUGGGUAGAGAAAAAAAAUGAUUCCUCAUUACCAAUUUUAACACAUAGCGCUGAUUGUGACUGUUAUCAGGUUAAAGCUCACAGAGUUGGUGGAUCUGGUGAAGAGGCGAAAGACCCCAUUUUCGGACUAACAAUGGGAUCUAGCUCUCAAGCUUCCAAAGAUGUUUUCAGGUGGUUUUGUGUAGAAUCUGGGCAGGUCGACAGUCCUCCUGUUAUACUCAUCCAUGGAUUCCCAUCCCAGGCUUACUCUUACCGGAAAGCUCUUCCCGUCCUUUCAAAGAACUACCGUGCCAUUGCUUUUGAUUGGUUAGGAUUUGGAUUUUCUGACAAGCCUCAGGCUGGAUAUGGAUUCAACUAUACAUUAGACGAGUAUGUUUCGUCGCUUGAAUCAUUCAUUGAUGAAGUUACUACUACUACUACUACUCAGGUCUCACUGGUUGUGCAGGGAUACUUCUCAACUGCUGCGGUUAAAUACGCAAGAAACCGACCAGAGAAGAUCAAGAAUCUCAUACUCUUGAAUCCUCCUCUCACUCCCGAACAUGCUAAACUUCCCUCAACCUUGUCUGUAUUCAGCAACUUUUUGCUCGGGGAGAUUUUCUCUCAGGAUCCUCUAAGAGCAAGUGACAAGCCUUUGACGAGCUGUGGUCCUUACAAAAUGAAAGAAGAUGAUGCAAUGGUUUACCGAAGACCUUAUCUUACCUCAGGUUCUUCUGGUUUUGCCCUUAACGCCAUCAGCAGGGCCAUGAAAAAGGAGCUUAAGGGCUAUACAGAAGAAAUGAGGACCUCACUGAUGGAUAAAGACUGGAAAAUCCCAACCACCGUGUGCUGGGGACAGCGAGACAAGUGGCUUAGCUAUGAAGGGGUUGAAGAGUUUUGCAAGAGUUCGGGACAUAAUCUCGUUGAACUUCCAAUGGCUGGUCAUCAUGUACAAGAGGAUUGCGGAGAGGAGAUUGGGGGAAUAAUUUCAAGAAUCAUAAGCAAAUCUGCUCUUAUCUAA